AUGUCAGUCGCACAUCCGCCGCGUCGGGCCGGGGCGCGUUACUCCCAGCUGCGAAAGAGCCCUCGGCACUCGGCCGGGCGCAUGCAGCAGCAGAUCCUCGGGGAUCGGAGCCGCCCUUUCGACGAUCUGGCGGCCCUGCUGCAGGUAGCCCCGGAGCUGGGCGUCCUCUCGGCCAGCCGAUCGCCGCUGGAGGAGCUGAAUGAGGCCAGUCCGGGCCUUCUGGAGGCGUUUACCCUGUUCGCCGGUAAGCUGGCGCAGCUUCCCACCGAUCAAGCGGCUGACUGGUUUGACCGGCAUCUGGCCGCGCGGCUGGUGUCAUUCGUCGAUGUGCUGCACCUGUCCCUGCUUCUGGGGAACUACAUCAACCACACGGCCUGGAGAACGGUGGUUGUGGUGGCGGAGCCGGCCGCCGACCGGCCAGCCACCCCGGACGGCGGAUCGCCCCCCAGCGACAUCACCUCGCUCGAGGCGCUGGCCCAUGUGUUUGGGCUGCUGCUCGGGCCGGAUGGGGCUCGCGCGCCUGGCCGCCUGCGCACCGUGGCCUCGCCCUCGGUUGACCGGAUCAUCCAUGCCAUCCGAGCGGAUGCUUUUGACCCGCUGGCCGAGCUCCCCCGGGGACAGGCAUCUUCAAGCCGCCGGGUGUUCCCGCAGCAGGGCCACCCCUCGCUGCCGACGCCGCAGCCGCUGUACGACGUCCUGCGGGUGGUUUUCUUCGACGUUCUGCGUUGUCUGGUGUUCCGGUCGACGCCGACCGAGUCCGUGUCGCUGAUGGCCCCGGAGGACGGGCCCGCCGGCAGCGAGGAGGACGCCUCGCUCACCGUGAUCCAGUCGUACGGGGCGUUGGUGAAGUUCCACGCCAUGCUCUAUCUGUUUGAUGUGGUCUCGCCGUUCGUCAUCCUGGACUGCCUGGACUUCUUUUGCGACCCUCGCUCGGCCACGCCCCUGUCGCUGGCGUGUGCGCAUCUCCUCAUCCACCAUGCUGGUUCGAAGCUCGAGCAUGACAUGCACCGGGCUGGCGCCGAGUCCGGGGCCACGCAUGCCGAGUAUCUCCUGCCGUCCUUCCCUUCGCCCCGGUCGUCGGCCACCAUGGCGGCCUUCUGUCGGACGCGUUAUGCGGCGGUGCUCCAGAGCAUCGAGCUGUUGGCCGAGAGCACGGAUGCCAUCGGCCACUUCGAGUGUCUGGACGAGGAGGAGGCCGCGCUGCCGCGCACGCCGCGCACGCCACAUGCCUCGCACACGCCGGGACUCGAUGAGGAGGAGCUCGAGCGGGAGGCCCAGCGCAUGAUGAUCGCCAUCAUCUCCACCUGCCAUGAGACGGAUUUCGGCUCGCUCUACUGGAGCCGCGAGCUGACCCUCGAGGGGGGAGAUCUGUCCGGGUCGGCCGGGUCACUGGGGCCCGGAUCGCCGGUGGGCAUGGGCCUGGAGAGCAGCAGCGAUUCGCUGCGGAGCCCCUCGGCCACGAGCAUCCGGUCGCCGACGAGCGCGCGCCUGGGCCGGCUGAUCCGGUCGCCGGUCCUGUGGGAUCGGAGCGCCGGCGAUCCGCCGACUUCCGGCCGGCCGGCCGGCGGGGCGCCGCUCUCGCCGCUGCUAAUGUCCCCCGCGCCGGGGGCCAUGACGCCGUCGGGGCGCACGCUUGUCGGGCUAAUCCCGGUGACUGGGCCCCGGGCGGCGGCCAUGAAGGCAGGCCCGGUGGCCGCGGGGGCAGGCUCUCCCGGGCCGCUGCUGAUCACCCCGUCGCGCUUCCGGGGGCCGGAGUCCGCCGGGGUGGCCAGUGCCAGCAGGCGAGCUCUGGCCCUGACGCCGGUCAUGACGCUGGCCGGGGAUGGCGGCCGGUCGGCCUUCGGUGGCCAGCUGACCCCGGCCCCUUCGCGGCUGGUCGGGCGUUCUCUGACCGACCUGGCUGAUGGGGCUCUGUCGCCGCCGCGGUCGCGACACCCCCUGGCCGGGGCGGUCCUUCUGGGCAACAGCGGCAGCGGCAGCGGCAGCAGCAGCGACGAAGAGGAGGCCGGGGUCACCGACGAGGAGCUCCUCCUGAGCGGGGGGGCUGGGCAUGGGUUGACCGGGUCCUUCACCAUUGUCGCGGCCCCGGGGCUGGGGCCGGCCUUUGCGGAGUGCGCCCUGGAUGACCCAUCCGACACGCCGCGUGCCGAGUACCAGCUUGCUCCGGCACCGGGGGAGUUCACCCGGAUCACGGAGGAAGCGGACCUGCUCGCCGGUGCGCCUGUGUCGGAGGCCGGGCCUCUGGUGCCCGACAUGGAGCCUGCCCUGCCCGACCCCCUGGCGACGGGGGUGUCUUCUUCGAUGCCGGCGUCCGACGUGGGCUGCCUGGUGGCUUCCGAGCCGGCGGUCGGCAGCAUGCUGGUCUCUGUGCCGGGGCCGGCCGGCUCGACGCCGGGGCCGGUGCCGAGUGCGUCUGUCCGCGAGUCCGAGCCCGAGCCGGUGACGGCCGACUCGGCCGCCGGGCUCCAGGCGCAUGUGGCGGUCUCUCCUGCCGGGGGGGCCCCGGGCCCGGGCCAUGCCGCUCCCUUGCAGGAUGCCCCGUCUCCGGAGCAGGACCCUGUUCCGGAGCACGCUCCCAUGGCGGCUGCCCGAGCCAGGACGCCGGAGGUCAUUGGCACUGUGGCCACGGUGCCGGCCACUUCGGCCGGGGUGGGCAAUGCCCCGGGGAAGUCCGGCCCGCCGGCGGUGCCGGGCAGCGAGGGCACACCAGGCAGCGAGGGCACGCCGGGCAGCGAGGGCACGCCGGGCAGCAGGCCGAGCAUGGCGAUCGUGCCGGCCAGGCGUCAGCCUGCCACCCUGGGCGAGCGUCUAACCUGGGUGCUGGUGUACCGGACCCGGCUGGGGGAGCUGACGCCGGCCGGGCGGGUGGUUCUGACGCCGAUGGCGCGGCUGUAUGUGAGCCUGGCCCUGGCGGCGUCGGCCACGGUGGUCACCCAGCUGGCCGGGCGGUCGAUGUUGGAGCUGGCCGCGCCGGCGGUGGGACGCACGCUGAGCCGGUCGGUCGGGGUGUUGGUGCGAGCGCGCGUCACCCAGAGCCUGCUGGCCGGGCUGGCGGCCUGGACGACCCCCUGGUCGCAGGCACUCGAUCGGCUGCUGGCUGGUGGCCGGGGCGCGCUGCCCUCGUGGCCGGGGUCGGGCCAGCUGGACCGGCUGGCCGAGGAGCUGGUGCAGGGGUUCACGCGGCUGGCGUCGGCCGGGCGCACGGCCGGCGGAAGCGUGGUCUCCAGUGUCAGUGGCGUGCGCGAUUGGUUCAGCGGCGUGCCUGUCCCCCGCUUCAAGAAGGAUUGA